GAGGGGAUGUACGAAUUCCCGCCCGAACAACUGUGCGACAAGAUAGCGGGGCGGGAGGGGAAAAAGGGAAGGACGAAAAGCACAUACGUUGCACUGCCUCGAGCCACUCGCUCCACUCAGACUCGCUCCAGCCCCAGCGUGCUGGUCGACUCCCGUUUAAAAGCUGAUGUCAGAAGCACCGCCAAGGAAGAUAUGGCCGCCCCUGGGAUGAAAGACUCAUCUCGUAAGCCCAAUCAUCGGGAGGCCUUGCAGCGCCAAACCCAAGCCGACUGGGAGAACAGAGCUGAUAUCGAAGUUAUCACUGGAAGCAUCAAGAAGAUUGCAGAUUUCCUCAAUACGUUUGAUGCAUCUUGUAGGUACAGACUUGCUCUCCUGAAUGAAAAGCUUACAACACUGGAGAGGAAAAUUGAGUAUCUUGAAGCUAAGGUGACCAAAGGAGAUACUCUGACAUAA